AUGGCCGAGUCGUCGCGCUCAGCGCAGUGGACCAACGGUCAGCAGGCUAUCGUUGUCAUCGACGACGACGAUGUAGCCAUGCCGUCCGCUUCCACGUACGUCGCCGGGCGCCAAGCACACUCGCCCGCCGGCUCGCUCACCAACCUCACCCCGGCCAUGUCGGUCACCACCUCGUCCCACAGCAGCGACGAUCGCGACCUCGUCGGCAUGUCCAACGGCACCGGUCUUGGCGCGCGCGAAGAGGCGUCCGGCGCACUCGACAAGUUCCGCACCGGCUACGUCUACUCGUCCGAGAUGAUGUUACACUCCAACCCCAUCGACCCGGAGCAUCCGGAGCGACCCGUGCGCAUCUACAAGAUCUUCCGCAAGUUGCAGGAGAACUCGCUACUCCAGCACAUGAAGCGCAUCAAGAUCAGAGAGGUCACCAAGGACGAAGUGAUGCUCGUCCACGACCAGGGCAUCUGGGACGGCGUCGAACGCACCGCACUCUACCAUCCGGACAUCAUCAAGGAGCAGGUGCAGAGGCUCGAGAACCUCAGCUCGCUGUACAUCAACGAGCAUUCGGCGUUCGCUGCGCGGCUUUCGUGCGGCGGCGCCAUCGAGCUGUGCGAUGCGAUCGCGUCCGGCCGCAUCCGCAACGGCUUCGCCAUCGUCCGCCCACCGGGACACCAUGCCGAGCCGGACAAGAGCAUGGGCUUUUGCUUCUACAACAACGUCGCCGUCGCCACGCGCUACCUGCAGCAAAAGUACCCGCAGACCAUCCGCAAGAUCCUCAUCCUCGACUGGGAUGUCCACCACGGCAACGGCACGCAGCGCGCGUUCGAAAACGACGCAGAAGUGCUCUACGUCUCGCUCCACCGCUACGAAGGCGGCGCUUUCUACCCGGGCUCCAAGUACGGCAACUACGACAGCGCCGGUACAGGACCAGGAGAGGGCAAAUCCGUCAACGUGCCCUGGCCUACAAAGGGCAUGGGCGACGCCGACUACAUGUACGCCUUCCACCACCUGGUCAUGCCCAUCGCGCUCGAGUUCGCGCCGGACUUUGUCAUCAUCUCGGCGGGCUUUGAUGCUGCCGAGGGCGACCCUAUUGGCGAAAGCCGCGUCACGCCCGGCGGGUACGCGCAGAUGACGCAUGCACUCACCUCGCUCUGCGACGGCAAGGUGGCUGUGGUGCUCGAGGGCGGGUACAACCCCGAUGCGGUGGCCGACAGUGCGCACGCUGUGACCGAGGUGAUUCUCGCGCGCCGCACGGUCGAGCCCAAGGAGACAGUGGCGAGUACGAUCGCGGCCAACACGGUGCGCGAGGUGUGUCGCUUCCACCAACGCUACUGGAAGUCGCUCAAAGUGCCGGACCUUGAGGCGGACGAUGUCGACUUUGACACGCACGAUGCGCCGCCGUCGGUGCGCAUCGAGGACCUGGUCAGCGAGUACCGCAACUCGGUGCUUGCCGACCGCUUUGACCUAUUCGAGGUGCCUCUGCCGGAGGCGGACAUUCACUUUUCCGGCCAGGUGCUGUGUUCCGAGGGCAUUCUGGAGCGUUUCUCGACGGUGGUGUUCUUUGUGCACGAUAUGGGCAAUCUGCGUUCGGGACGGCCUCGACUGGGUUCGACGAUCGAGGGCGAGGCGAUGCGGUUGGUGGAUGCAUCGAGUCUGGUCAUGUCGUACGUGCGCGACAAGGCGUAUGGAUUGGUGGACAUGAACAUCAUGCGCGAGUUCCGCGCGGUGAAACCGUACGCACACGAUGCCAUGCCGCGCGCAGCGGUCACCGACGACAGCGAACGCAUCGCGGAAGCCAAUGAAGCCGCGGCGUUCGUUUGGGAUAACAUCGUGUCGCUGGCACGCGCAUCCACCACCACCAAGAUUGUCAUGAUCGGCUUCGGAACCGGAUGCGACGUGCUUACGAGCUUGAUCCAGGCACGCGAUGUCGAGACCCAGGUGAAAGCCGUCGUCAACAUCGUCGGCUACAAUGAAAUGCCCCGCAUCGACCCCACCGCCGAACUCGCCAAGAAAAAGUGGUACUACGCAAAGUCCAAGGUGCUCGCGCCCGCUGACCAUCGUCACAUCCUCGAACGCGGUGAUUCCGUCCCCCUCAAGCGUUUCGGCAAAAUCACCCCAGUCGACGACGUGGCUCCCAUCAACAUCCUCAGCUACCGCUUCGGCGAAAUCACGAGCUUCAUCGAAAAGAAGCUCAACCUGUCACCCAGACCUCCCGCGUAA